ACAGGGCGCGCAUGUUUCGACGAUACACCAAUAAAUUAGGCAAUCCUUCCAAUUUUUCUAUAAAAACCUCUUCAUUUCUUUAACUUCAAACAUAAAAAAAAAUUUAAAAAAACGACAAGCCUCACUUUGAUUCCUAUUAAUAUUUUUCUCAAUCGCAUUUUCUUGUCCAUCUCCUCUUAGCUCGCAAAAGCUCAGACAGUAGUCAUGGGAGCCUGUGCGAGCAGACCUAAGGAUUUGGAUAAAGAGUUGGCCCCUGCCCCUGUCGAGGAGCCUGUCACUCCUAAAAAGACCGAGCAGGAGACCCCUGCUCCUGAGGAGAAGAAGGAUGGGGAGGAGACUAAAACGGAAGAGCCUUUGGUAGAUGUGUCAGAACCAGCACCAGAGGCUCCCAAGAUUGAGGAAGUAACCGCCACCGCCGCGGCCACCGAGGAGGUGAAGCCGGCAAAGGAGGAGGAGACGACUGAGGAAGCCCAAGUUGAGGCUGUCAAGGAACAGCCAGCAGAGGAGGAGGAGGUUGAAGAGACCCCCAAAGCUGUUGCCCAAUAAACAAUAAAAAAAAAAAAAAAAAAAAACAAUCCUUAACACUCCUCUGUUAAUUUUCUUUUGCAUCUAAUUUUUGUUAUGUCACAUAUUCAAAUGUUUUGCUAGUUUUUUAAUUUAUUGUGGCUCAUGUAGUAAAA